ACGUGCACCCGAAUUCCAGACAAUUGCUUCGUCAGGCCAGGAAUAUCAUAGUUUUCUCCGGGAUCCGGUGUGGUCAAAAAGGACUAUACAUUGUACAGUCGACCUGCCUUGCUUCCGACCCCGUCCUCCUCUAUCCAGCAGCGAAAACGGAGCAUCUACAACCUUAACGCUGGCGAAGGUGAUUCCUCGCUUUCGUAGCCCCUUGUCGUCACUGACCUUGACCCACGGCGUACAUACUUAGAUUCGUAUCUUUUGCUCAGGUUGCACUGCCGCAUGCCCCUUCGCGAGUCUUCCUCUGUGGAGGCCGCUCUUUUAUUUCUACGCUCCUUCCCGUCGCAAGCUCCUUAAAUCCCCUUCGCAAUGGACAUGCUGUUCUCGCCGUACGGCGUCGGGAACGUGCCCAAGUCGGUCAUGGCUGAAGUCGAGAGGAGAACAGGGGAGUUGCUCAAAUCCAGCAGCUUCCAGCGAAUGCUAGAGCUGGAAAAGAAGCACAAGGUUGAGCGAUUGCAAGGCGCUCAAGCUCUCCUCCCGUCCCCUCAAUUUCCGACCCAACCUAGAGAAGGUCAUCCUCCUCCUCGACCAGAGCGCCCCGACUCGCUAUUUCCACAUGAGCAAUUCUUGAUGGUCAGGGCCGCGCCACGUCCCGUUAUCCAACCUUCGCUAUCGAUCACCAUCCCUCAGGCCGCCGACCCUGAGAGCCGCGCUCGGCCAGACGAGGCCGAGGCCGAACAGGAGGAGGAAGAGGGUACUGACAUUGGAACCCCAAAAACGCCCACAAAUGACGAGCCGUUUCAGAAGCAGGUGAAGUUCCUCGCGCCAGAAGACAGCGAAGAAGACGAAGACGGCAUGUCGGAACAAUCAUCCAUCUGCCAAUCCCCCAGCUGGGAGGGCUACGGACAGAGAAAGAAGGAAAAGAAGCAGCAGGCUGAGCGCCGGAAGAGAGAAAAGGAGCAGGCCGAGAAAGAAGCGAAGGCGGCAAGGAAACGGAACACUACAAGGCUAAGCAAGCCCCCACCGCCGCUGGCAGCAACACCUAGCCGCGAUUACAUAGCUGUCGGCUUGACAAAUGCAGAUCGUUCGAUGUCAGACCCAUUGCUCAUCAGCCAGCCCCUGCUACAGAGCACCACAUCCAUUCAACGACCGGAAGACAUUGGGAGGACACUUUCUGCCGACGACGUACAACAAAGCCGUCGACCCCGACUCGCCGUGACUGGCAUACUUUCCAGCCCCGGCUCCAAUGCCAGGCACGCUGGAGGCGGCGCCGUGCAGGGCACUGCAGUUCGCAUGAAUGACAGUGGCUUUGUUCAACGGCAAGACCUGUACAGGUCUACGUCAGAGGGUCAAGCGCCGGUUAAUCAGCAGCUGUCUGCCGCAACAUCUUACAAACACGAUUGUCGCUCCUCACGAGAUGCAUUUCCGCCGUCGGCUUCGAGGACUCCCAUGCUGCGGCACAUGUCCCCUUCUGGAGGUAGCCGGACCAAGAAUCUCCUCGAAGGGGCAGCAGAUGCCAAUCAGAUACAGGAUUCGCUGUCUACCAUUCCCACCGCGGACGGAACCCGCCAAGGUGGGUAUGUGGUACACCAAAGGGCACAAGCCGCAGAAAUGGCCAUGGCUGGGCUUGCCGAGGAGCAAUUGGUCAGAAGCGUGGCUCAAGAUUACCCACCAUCCGCGUCAAGCUCCAGACCAGCCCAGCACACGAGACGGUCUUCCCUGACACAGGAAGCCAAGUCCGCAGCGAUGAGGCUAGUGGGAAGAAGAAGCUCUUCAGCAGCGCGAGACGACGGUCCUAGUCAGACCGAUUAUCUAACCUUCAAGGCAAUACCAUACUCUGCUUCGGCCACCGACACAUCGUCCUCUAUCGACAGUAUGCCUGCAACUCCAAGAAGUGUGAACGGAUCCUUCAUUGCUCAUGUUGAACGGCCGUCGACCUCGGGAUCAUCCGCCCUGCGGAGCACGAAAGGACGCCAAGAGAGCUUGAAUCCCGCCGAACGGCCUCCUAUGUCUCAAAGCUCUCUUAACUCAAGUGGUCCGUCAGUUACUGGCUCUGACUCGAGCAGCCAGGGCAAGAAGAACCGGAGCCUGAAGGACGCAGCUAAGGCCGCUCUAAGCAUCUCCAAAAGCUCUCAGAGAGUUGACAACGCCAGGCCAUCCAUCUCCUUACCCCCAUACCUGGCUCUCCGAUCUCGCAUAAAUCAUGGGACGUCAACUUCCAUAGACAAAAGCAAGCUUUCUGCAGCUGGAGAUGCUUCAAAGCCCGCGACGGCAGCCCUUGCUUCUGAGCAGGACAAGCCAGCCGAGAUAGUACCUCCAGGAGGCUACCGAGGGUCUGAAGGCUCCUCAUCUUCUUCCACAUACGAGGACGGCUCACCGCUUGCAUCACCAACCAUGACACCAGACACAUCGCGUCCUCAGUCAGCCAAAGACGUCCCUUUGAUCGCGAGAGGCGUCCAUAGAGAGAACGCCGACGCUUUCGGGCUUCAGGAUGACGAACGCACGCUUCGACAGUCUCUGGAUUCCAGCAAAUCGAGUACCCCUCGCAACGUCGAUCCGGAAGUGCGCGCAAACGUUGAGAUUGGUAAUGAUGACCGAUGGAGCAGGACGGCGCUGCCAAUUGAGAUCGACUGUGACGCACAAUCCUUCAUCACCACGGUCUCGUACCUUGACAACGUCGAUGAUACAGAGCAGCUAGAGCCUCUCAAGCAGGCACCUAGAGCUAUGAGACAUGCCGAGGAUGUUGAGGGCUCAGGGUCGCUUCCACCCCGGUCUCGAAAACGGGAACAAAUGACGCCAGGGUGCACAACUGAACCACUAGCUGCACCUCCUCGUUCACCAAGACAACAUGGGGAAAAGGGAGUACUGAAGAGCAUGGAGGGAGGAUCAGAAGAGCAGGAAGAAACGCGGAAGAUUGGAGCGUCGGAAGAUCAAGGGCGGUCAUUGGAGCGGGUGGCAGAGAAGAAAGAGGCGACACCGAAGAGAUAUAGGUGGCACGAACAGAAGCUGGCAGGGUCACAAGAACUUGACAAGGUGUCCACAGAAGCUGGAAGGGAGAUCGACGAGGAUGAGAAGCAGCGUGCUCCAGCUGGUCGACCGCAGCGCGGCUGGAUGUCUGGCUCGUUAUCGUCGGCCGGUUCAACCGGCCCAUCAUCACCACACGCCUUCACUCCGGAAUUCCAACUUCCAAGCAACCCCUAUUUUGCCGACUUUCCGGAACCCCUCAAGCACCAUGGGUUUCUGGGCGAGAUUCCGACUUCACCGGGGCCGCCGUCCCCCGUCUCCCUGCCGAGUCCUCUUCGCACCGUCCCGUCAAAAUCAGGGGCACAGUCCCGAACUAAUUCCGCACCAACACCGUUGCCUACUUCAACAAAUCCCUCCUCGAGGAGCUCGACACCAUCAUCUCGGUCUCCCGGAGUAAUGCCAGUAUCGAUCCUCAAGCAGCCGAAGGCUUUGUCGCCCGAUCAGCCAACAGAGGUCCCGACAAGCCCCCGGUCUCACGUUCUCUCCGCUAUUCCUAAGCACAUGCAGCUGCAGGCGGGCGUCUCGGCGCGCACUCCGACAGCUGUUCCAGAGACCCGCAUGGCGCCCAUCGCCAAGAUGUUUGUCGAGUGCUGCAACUGCAAGUUCUUCCACGACAUGCCCGCCAAGCUCUACGAAUGCAUGGCCAAGCCGGACGCUAUCGUCGAAGACAAGCAGCGAGGCAUCUCAGGGGCCAUUACGACCAUGGUCAAGUGCCCGUGGUGCCAGCAUAACAUGAGCAGGGAGUGUUGUGCCGGGUAUGCAGCGGUUGUGGUUCUGAAGGAGAAGCUGCAUUAA